AUGAGUAGAAACCGAUUAAAUGGAACCUUUCCUAUUCCAUUGUACUUGGGAAAUAAUAUCUAUACAGUGGAUCUCCAAGAAAAUCAAUUCAGUGGUGUCCUUCCAAAGCUGAUAGGGAAGUCCUUUCCAAAGCUAAAAGUACUGCUAUUAAAAGGCAAUAUGUUUGAAGGGACAGUUCCAAAUGAUAUAUGCAGUUUGAAGUAUCUGCGUCUACUAGAUUUGUCUCAUAAUAGACUAUCGGGUCAGUUACCUUUAUGCAUGAACAUUAUGGGAUCCGAUGACAGUUUAUUUGAUUUCCAACCUGGUUUUGGAACUUUUCCUGUUUUAUUCAAUGUUAUUGGGCUGCCAGAUCAAGAGGAAUUCAUGACCAAGGGCAGGCAGGACAAUUACAGGGGAAACAUACUGAACUACAUGACUGGACUAGAUUUCUCUUCGAACCAGUUGAAAGGAUCCAUUCAUGAAAGUAUAGGUGGCAUGAAGUGGUUAAGGGCAUUGAAUUUCUCGGAAAACAAGUUUGAUGGAUCAAUACCACAGUCCUUAUCUAAUUUAAGUGAUUUGGAGAGCUUGGAUCUCUCACACAACAACUUGGCAGGCCAAAUACCUUCAGAGCUAGUAGCAUUACAGUCCCUUGCGGUGUUCUCAGUGGCAUACAACAACCUGUCCGGUCCUACACCGGGAACAAGGGGGCAGUUUCUCACAUUUGAUCAGAGCAGCUACGAAGGUAAUCCAUAUCUCUGUGGCCCACCAUUGAAAAAGAGUUGCUCUGUGACACCGUCGAUUCCUGAGCUCGAAGAAAAUGGAGAAGAAGAUGAUAAAGUUGGUUAUAUCAUACUGUUUGGUUGUUCGGCGAUGUUCUACAUGGUUGGUUUCUGGACAUCCUUGGGUGUACUUUACUUUAAGACAAGCUGGCGAUGGUCAUGGUUUUCUGUUGUGGAUAGGUUCGGUGAUUAUGUACUAGUUAAGUUUUUUGUAUUCACAAAAAAAAUUCGGAGCACCAAUUGA